AUGAUCGCAAUAAACCCAUUCGCUGCGACUAGCGAGAGCACCGUACGGCGACGAUUACGAAUUACACGCUCUAAGAUUCGAUCGAGACAAACACCCACCUCAUCAAUCGCUUCAAUAGAAACAUCCUUCAACCCGGCUAGGACAUUGAAAUCGUUACGGACACACAAAUGGAGCUACUACGAUGCGCAAUAUUUGUUCCUGGCGAUUGUGGGCAUCUUCAGCUUCUGCAUGAUUAAGACACCCGGGCUAUUCGUCAAGGCGAUGGUGGCGACGCUAUUGAUGACGAGCUUGGCCAUUCCCAUAACCCGACAAUUCUUUCUACCAUUCCUUCCCAUUGCUGGUUGGUUGAUAUUGUUCUACGCUUCACAGUUCACACCGAGUGAAUAUCGGCCUGGGAUUUGGGUGCGAGUGCUGCCGGCAUUGGAGAACAUCCUCUUCGGUGCAAACCUCAGCAACCUCCUGGCUGCGCACAAAAGCCCGAUCCUAGACGUGUUGGCAUGGAUCCCAUACGGCAUCACGCAUUUCGGAGCGCCGUUCGUCUGCUCUGGAGUCAUGUUUAUCUUAGGCCCGCCUGGAACGACACCCGUCUUUGCUAGGUCAUUCGGCUAUAUGAAUAUGGCUGGUGUCAUCAUCCAGAUUCUGUUCCCGUGCGCUGCGCCUUGGUAUGAGAACAUGUAUGGUCUCGCUCCUGCCAACUACUCUAUCCCCGGGUCUCCAGCUGGUCUUGCUGCCGUAGACAAAUUAUUUGGCAUCGACCUCUAUACCUCGACUUUCACUGCGUCACCGCUUGUAUUCGGCGCAUUCCCGUCCCUGCACGCCGCUAACGCCACCAUCGAGGCAUUGUUCAUGGCCAACACGUUCCCACGACUACGACCGCUGUUCGUCUUUUACGUGCUCUGGAUGUGGUACGCCACCAUGUAUCUAUCGCACCACUACGCCGUCGAUCUCGUCGGAGGCAGCCUUCUCGCGGCUGUGGCAUAUUUCGUCGCCAAGGGCUCGUUCUUGCCUCGUGUGCAAGUCGGCAAGCUCUUCCGCUGGGACUACGACUUUGUUGAGUACGGCGAGCCGCGCGAAGCGUACGCUUAUGGGUUUCCGCAUGACUUCGUUUCUGACGACUACGAGCUUGCGACCAAGGGAGACUGCGACGGCUGGACCAUCGGCUCUACCUCCUCGUUCUCCACCUCGCGCGGCUUCUCCUUCGACCAGCGAUCUCCUCUUGGCGAAGAUCAAUGGGACGGGGAGACACUGGCUUCGGUGCUUUCGUCCACUUCUUCGAUAACAUCGGAUUUCGAAUUUGCAAAGUCACGAAAGGAAGGGAUAGAAUGA